AUGCUAGAGUUUUGCUAUGAUCCUGAAAAUAAUGUCACAUUUGAAUCAUGGUACAAGCGUUAUAAAUCAGUUUUCACUAUAGAAGCAGCACAUCUCACUGAGCCGACUAAGGUUCGAUUGCUCACUAGCAAAUUAAAAAAUUUGGAUUUCGAGCAAUAUGCAAACUCAAUCUUACCAAAGGAACCCCAUGAGCUUACACACAUGCAAACGGUUGCCAAACUCUCGUCUAUUUUCGGAUAUCGCCAACCAAAAUUUUCUCAGCGCCAAAAAUGUCUUACAAUUUCAAAACAGGAUUACGAAGAUUUUGCUCAGUACGCAGCUCGCGUCAACAAACAUUGUGAAAAAUUUGACAUCGUUAAUUGUACUCCCGAUGAGUUUAAAGCACAAAUCUUUGUUAAUGGCUUGAAGAGUUCACACGAUUCGUUAAUACUUGAGAAAUUCCUUGCAAGACUCGACAAUGAAUCAACACAGUUUGGUGCACUUCAGACACAGGCGCAAAAGGAUGCUUUCAUGCACUUAACACUUCAAGACCUCACUAAUGAAGCUGAACGUAUAAUCUGUCUGAAGCAAGACAAAUACACUGUCGUCCAGCCAUCUUCAAGUUCAGAAGUUUUUACAAUUCACCAUCGAUAUCAACGCAAAAAUGAAUCAUUACUAUCAAAUUCUUCAACAAAAGACGAAACUUCGAAACCACCAACGCCAUGUUGGUGUUGUGGAGGUCUUCAUUGGGUUAAAGAUUGUCCAUUUAAAGGCAAAGAAUGUUCAACAUCCAAUCAAGUUGCGGAAAAAAAAUCUCAGCCUGACACAUCAUGUGUAAAGAAAAUUGACGAAACUAACAGACCGCAGCAGCAUCGUAGGUAUGUCAGACCAAAUCUCAAUGGAUCUACAAUUAAACUCCAACUUGAUACCUGGUCGGACAUAACAAUUAUUUCCAAAUCGAACUGGACCAAACUUGGCCAGCCAACCCUACAAACUACUAAUAAAAAAGCUGGCGAUGCUUCUGGAAAUGUAAUUCCUCUUCUUGGCAGCUUUGCUUGUGUUGUGAACCUAAAUGGAAGAGAGGAAUAUGAUGUGUGUUAUGUCACACCACUUAAGUUGAACGUGUUUGGAAUUGAUUGGAUAACGACAUUUGACUUAUGGUCAGUGCCUAUCAGUUCCUUUUGCAAAGCAAUCCAACUAACUAGUAGCGAUAAGUUAAACGAUAAAAUAAAGGCUAGAUUUCCGUCUCUCUUUUCUAAAGACCUUGGCUGCAGUACGAAGACCCAAGCGACUCUGAGGCUAAAAGAAGGAGCGCGACCCGUUUAUCGUAACGCUCGACCAGUUCCAUAUACAGCAGCUCCCAUAGUUUCGGCAGAACUUGAACGUCUUCAACAUCUUGGAGUAAUUUCACCAAUUGAAUACUCACAGUCAGCGGUGCCAAUCGUAGUUGUAAGAAAGAAGAAUGGAAAAAUUCGUAUAUGUGCCGAUUAUUCUACAGGUCUAAAUGACGGUCUAGAGCCAAAUAAAUAUCCUCUUUCAACGCCUGACCAAAUAUUCUCCAAACUCGCUAAUAAGAAAGUCUUUAGCACAAUUGACCUAUCAGAUGCAUUUUUCCAGAUUCCAGUGGACCAAGAAUCUCAAAAACUGAUGGCUAUCAAUACUCACCUCGGCUUAUUUAAAGUACUUAGACUGCAGCAAGGUGUUAAAACAGCCCCUGGCAUUUUUCAACAGAUUGUUGACACAAUGCUUAGCGGAACCAAUAUCAUUGGGUUUAUUGAUGAUAUGAUCUGUUCGGGAAUUAAUGAAGAAGACCACAAAAUUCAACUGUUUAAAACCUUAGAGCGUAUUCAGGAUUAUGGAUUCAAACUUCGCUUCGAGAAAUGUAAGUUUGGAGAAACAUCUGUCGAGUUCUGCGGACACACGGUAGAUCAAUAUGGUAUCAGACCACAUCCAGGGAAACUUCGAUCAAUCCAAGAUCUCCCACCACCAACAAAUUUGCAACAAACACGAGCAUUUUUAGGAGCUGUAAAUUAUUAUGGGAAAUUCAUUAAAAGUAUGAAAAGCCUUCGCGGUCCUUUAGAUGAACUUUUAAAAAAAGAUAAGAAGUUUGAGUGGAAACAACAUCAUAAUGAAGCAUUCAACAAUAUUAAAAAUGUUUUAGCUUCUGAUCUAUGUCUCACGCACUUCGAUCCAGCAAAGAAAAUAAUUUUAGCUACUGAUGCAUCAGAAUACGGUAUGGGUGCAGUUCUCAUGCAUCAAUUUAAUGACGGAACGCUUCACCCAAUCAUGCACUACUCAUCUACAUUCAAUGCAGCGGAGCGGAAGUAUCCUCAAAUGCACAAGGAGGCUCGAGCUCUAGUGUUUGGAUUAAAAAAAUGUCACUAUUACAUUUCUGGUCGUCGCUUUACCAUUCAUAUCGACCACAAGCCACUUCUUGCUAUAUUCAACCCGAAAAAUGGCAUCCCGUUGUUUACAGCGGCUCGCCUGCAACGUUAUGCAACCACUAUUCUGUCAUACGACUUCUCUAUUGAAUACAUAAAUACUGACAGUUUUGAAUAUGCCGAUAUUAUUUCUCGACUAAUCGCAAACCAUGUAAAACCUGAUGAAGAUACCGUCAUAGCAUCUAUACAAUUAGAAGAAGACAAGGACCUGAAAAUCAAUUGUUUUGCGGUAGAAACAGCCACCAAACUUCCAAUCACUUUCACUAAUAUUCAAACAGCAACCAAAGCCUGCCAUACUCUCAAUAAGGUCACGUUCUACAUUCAAAAUGACUGCUGGCCUCAAAAGAGAAAACAAAUCACAGAUAAUGAAGUAGCGGCAUUUUUCCAGCAUCGACAUCAUCUUACGAUCCAACAACAGAGUAUUUUCUUUGGUGAGAGAAUUGUUAUUCCCAAAAUUUACUACCAGCAAGUCCUUGAAGAUCUCCAUAAUGGACAUCCAGGUGAGUGUCGUAUGAAACUUCUUGCUGCUACCAAAGUUUUUUGGCCAAACAUUAAUCUUGAUAUCGAACAUGUGGUCAGAACUUGUAACACAUGCGCUACAGCCUCAAAAAGUUCAAUGAAAUGUACUCCUCAACAGUGGAAAAUUCCUUCUGCACCAUGGAAACGAAUUCAUAUUGACUACGCUGGUCCAAUCGAUGGCAAUUACUUCCUUGUUAUCAUAGACGCUUUCAGUAAAUGGCCAGAAAUAUUCAAAACUUCAACUACUACUGCAGCUAAAACUAUUGAGUUCACUGAGAAAGCUUUUGCGCAACACGGCCUUUGUGACACGAUUGUUAGUGAUAAUGCUCCGCAAUUCAUCUCGCAGGAACUCAAAAAUUUUUGCGACUUCCAAGGAAUUAAUCACAUAUCUACAGCUCCAUACAAUCCACAAUCAAAUGGCCAAGCAGAACAGUUCGUUGACCUACUCAAAUCAGGACUUAAGAAGGCAAAGGGAAGUAUCGACAGAAAGCUCAACGAAUUCCUCACUUGUUAUCGAUACACACCAUCCUACAAUCUCGGUAUCAAAUCACCAUCUGAGCUCCUAAAUGGCAGAAAAAUGAAAAUUCGUCUUGACUGCAUUAAACAGCAAAAACCGGAAGGCGAAUUAGAAAAACAAAGUAAUCAGCAAGAGACAAAAUUAAAGCAGUUCAGCAUUGGAGAUAACGUUUACUAUAAACUUCAUUCCAAUAACAAUAAAUGGACUUGGAUACCUGCUGUAAUCAUAAAAAAACUUGGAGUAAUCAAUUAUGAAGUCAAAAUUGACCAGGAAAGUAAUGAUCGCGUUAUUAAAGCACAUGUAAACCAGCUGAAGUAUCGUUAUACAAAAAACGUACUAAAUGAACUGUUUGAAGUUCCAGAAUUCACGCAUACAGUUGAACCAUUCAUUGUUCCAAAUCGAACUUAUGUACCGGAAGAGAUUCUAUCCCCUCCUAUCGAGCAACAGACUAAUUCCAAUGAUGAUGUUAAUAGCAAUCAGGAAAUAUCGACGAUAACACGUUACAAAGAGUUAAGACGAUCUCAAAGGGCUACAAAGGGGCAUGCGCCACGUUGGCAUCAAGACUACCAACAAUAUUAA